AUGGUGUUUCUCAACUCGACUGCCCAAAUGGAGUUCGAUAUCUUCGCCAAAAAUAGCUCGAUGGUAGCUAUUUUCUCUUCAUUUCUGUUGAUUCCCAGGGGACCAGCAUUCAACCUUGUGCGCUGCACAAAUCGCGAAACUGGCAUCGAACAUCAGUCGGAAGGCCCCGCAAGCUUCUUGAACCAGGGACACGAUGAUGUCCGUCUUCUUGCAGCGCUCGCCAGCUCUUUAGACUGUUGCCUUUCGGUCGGUACUACGUUGGGUAGCCGGUUUGCAUUGUUACCACUGCAUCAUCAUAAGAACCUUCAGCAGCCAGUACCGACUGGUGCCGAAGGUCAUUUUCAACGCGGCGAAUUGUGGUCAACUAUCACCAAGGUUCGCACACGUGAGAUGAGCAUCUCCAAGGAACGGUCAUCUGUUAGUCAAGCAUUUUUCCUCUCGGCGUCACCUCACUCUCUUGCCUGUAUUCAUCCGAUAGGGUACUUGUAUAGAGUUUUGGAGCUUUUGUUGAGAGGUACAAUCAAAAAGAAGGGUCUCACAAUUGUCUUUGAAAUACACGCUUUACAGGCAGGCACUGAGAGGUUCCCCUUUUUAAUGUAA